AUGCCAUCCGCAAACUCCACCCCUGGUGCCGCCAACUACGCCUUCCCUCCAGGCAUACACGUGCCAUCUCUAACCUGGUUCCAAUCCUCGUCUUCGCAAGAUAUCGACUGGGCUGUCCAAGAACAGCAUUUUGAGUUCCUGGUUUCAAGUGGCCUCCACGGAAUCGUCAUUGCCGGCACAAACGGCGAAGCAGCCACCCUCUCGUCGACCGAAAAACGCCAGCUCGUGCAAAGUGCACGCAAAAUCGCCGAAAGGCUGGGCCGCGCUGACCUCCCCAUUACCAUUGGCGGCGUGGCCGGCUGCACACGCGAUGCCAUCCAGCAGACAGUUGAAGCAAAGGAAGCAGGUGCAUCCUAUUACCUUGCGCUUGUGCCGUCCUACUUUCACUUUGCCAUGGGCCGAGAUGCCAUUUUGGCCUAUUUUCAGGAGCUCGCUGAUGCCUCACCUGUUCCAAUUGUGCUGUACAACUUCCCAAACGUAGUUGCGGGUCUGGACCUAGACUCUGACAUGCUGGAGAUUCUGGGAAAGCACAGCAAUAUCGUAGCCGUCAAGCUUACAUGUGGAGGAAUUGCCAAGGUUGCCAGGAUAAGUGCAGCGUUCCCUCAGUCCGAGUUUGUUGCCCUCGCUGGGCAAAGCGAUUGGUUAGUACCGGCAAUGAUAGUCAAUGGCGUGGGAACAAUCACUGGUGUCGCAAACCUUUUCCCCAAGUCCUGCUUACACAUGUAUCACCUGUACAAAUCCGGAAAACUGGCCGAGUCGUCCGCUCUUCAAGUUAAGCUCUCCGUCGCCGAAUUGGGCUUCGGAAAAGGGGGUAUCAACGGUACAAAGUAUGUUGUUGCCCAUAAGAGGGGGUACCCAGAGAGCAGUGCGGACUGCAGAAGGCCAUACCCAAGGUUCACCGAUGAUGAGAAAAGACAGUGGAUUGUGAAGCAGGUUUCGGGGUUGGAUGAGUUGGAGGCGUCGCUGUAG